AUGAAGCCUUAUACUUUGGAUCUGUUUUUGAAUGAUGUGAAGAAUGCUGGAACCCCUACAGAUUUAUCGUCCUUGCUAGACGUCAACCCUAUAACAGCAAAACAUUUACCAUCACUACAGCAAUCGCUACAGUCAUAUGAUGAUGAUCAACUUGAAAGCAUAAUUGAGAACAUCCACUUUUAUAAUAAUGAUUGGCCUGCAUUUGAAACAAUGAUACAGAAGUAUUUGGUCUAUGUCAAAAACAUUGAUCCUUGGAGUUUGUUGAACUCUAUUGAUCUUAUGAUUGGUUUUUACAGCUCGUUGAGUGUCGCCUUAAACAACAAGCAGUUUCAUACAAUUUUAUUCAAAUCAACAUUUGAUAUCACCAAUUUAAUCAUUCCACUAACGAAAUUUGUGGAUGCCAAAAUCAUGCAGAUUGAGAACCGAGUGAAUAAUUAUCCCAGACUUUCCUAUUUGUCUACUAUAAUGUUAAAAAUUGUUAAUAACAUAAGGGCUUCUCCUGCAUUGGACGACCUAGGGAGCAACGAAAGGAAGGAUACCAUUUCAGUUCUUAUGUCUGUAUGCAUAUCUCUCUGCAACCUGUAUAUAUUUAUUGAUUCGCCCAUUCUCUGCAAUAAUGUCUUUUCCAAUAUGAAUGUUCUUCGUCUUGAUAAGCGUCUCAUUUCAAGGUCGCAGUUAAUAAAUUACAGGUUUGUGCUUGGUAAGUUUCAUCUUGGGCAGAGCAAUUACUUUCUUGCUUAUAAGCAUUUUAUGUGGUGUUUCCAAAACAUUCAUCGAGAUAUAAGCGUACGCAGUCGGAUAAAAAUAUUAAAAUAUCUCAUUCCGUGUGGUUUACUUGUUGGAAAGGUGGCAGAUAUCCAAGUUUUAAGAGAUUUGGUCCAAAGUGAUAAGGGUGGUUUGCAAAUGAUUGAAAUAUACAGUCCUCUAAUCACUUGUUAUAAAGCGGGUGACAUUAAAGGUUUUUCUGAUGCAUUGAGAAGAAAUAGAUCGUACUUCAUUGGGUUAUGUUUAUAUGUGGGAUUUCUUCAAAGAGUGCGAAUUCUUAUUCUACGAAAUCUCAUUCUAAAAGUUUAUAAAAUCACAGGGCGUCUGAACUUUGAAGAUGUUAGAUCUGCCUUAAACGUUUCAUGUGAUCCUGUGCAACAAAAUGCAAGCUCUGGAAGUUUGAGCUUCUAUACGAUAACUGAUCAAAUCAACGAUUCUUUUGUUCAGAAUGUUUUAGUGGCUUUAGUUGACGGCAACUUAAUACGUGCGAAACUCACAGCAUCAAAAAAUAUCAUAUUGAGCAGAACCAACCCAUUUCCUGAUAUAUAUGAUAUCUACAAACAGAAAUACGCACAGCCAGGAAAGGAGGACUGGCUAGAUUGA